UUCGUUCACCCUAGACUCAUAGCUUUACAACCAUCGAUAAGUGACAUUUCCCGGACAUAGGGAUUCACCGCAUUCAGGAGAUAGCCACCAUUGUAACACUGGCAGACCGCGAUAGCUUCUGUCACCUAGUACACUACAUGCACCAACGAUAGAUAGUGCAGGGGGUCCCGAAGUUACUGGUACUGCUCUGACAAGUAUCUACGGUAACUAUCAAAUCCACGUAUCAGAGAAAUCAAUCACUGUACUAACUUACCACGUUCAACGUACGCCACUAUGUAAGGCCAGAAAGCACUGCACCAUCACCAGUUAGUUGUGAUUCUUGUUAUUUAUAAGCGGGUAGACAAUAACGUACCACUGUGUUGUUUUAACUGAUGGCCAUGAACACGCAGACAGUGGUAGCAUACCAACUAGUUAGAGUGCGGGUACAUCAGUGCUUAUGCAAGGAAGACAGCCCAUAUUCACUUUGGAAAUUAGUUGCUUCUACAACAAUAUUCAUCCUAGACUACUUUUUGACCUUUCAAUACGAGGUUGAAUUGAUAUGGAAAUCUGCCAUGAGGCCGGUUAAAGCACUGUUCCUGUUUUCGCGCUAUAUCCAGUUUGUCUCCCUUCCUCUGGUAUCGUAUGCCUCUUUAUUCCCAGUUAUUAAUCUCGAACUAUGUCAUGGAGUCUAUAUAUCCUUUAUAGUCUUGAACUCUUUUUCGAUGAUUGCAGCGGAAAUUUUUCUGUCGUUGCGUAUCUAUGCUGUUUUCAUGAAUAACAAGCGCAUCCGCCUCCUGCUAUCGUCCUUUACUGCAGUUGCUGUUUGCAUAAUUCUAAUCAUAGUAUCCUUUUACUUGCGUUCUACCUCAUUCGGUCAUCCUCCAUCACUUGCUAUUACUGGAUGUUAUAUAAGGCACAGUGAAAACAUCUUGUUUGGUUG